UCUCUCUCUCUCUCUCUCUCUCUGCCGUUCUUCUUCCUCUACCUCUCACUGCGAGCUCCGCACGCGCGCAGCAGGGUUCUACAGACCUCUCUAGCUCAACACAUUUUCCUGGAAAAAUUAUAAAAAAAAAGACAGCAAGGGGAAAGAGAGAAUCCGCAUGGCGUGGCACCUCUAAAUCUGCAAAAGAAACUAGAAACCAGAGGCUCUGAAAGCCGUUUCUGAAGCAACGCUGAGUUAAAAAAAGAGAGCAAAAUAAAGGAGGGAAAGGGAAGGAUUUUCUCGGCUGGCCGUUUCUCUGUGGUCUUCGCGAUCCUUCUGCAAGCUUCUCCAAUCUAGGUUUAUUGGUUUUGGGGGGUUUCGCGUUUUGGCGUGAAGCGCAUGUGCGCUGCACCCCACGCGGAAUUACUUGGUCGAGUAUUUUGGGAGCCUGGGAGGUUCGCGGAUGAAUGGUUGAAGCAGAUUUGUAUCAGAACCUGGUUGUUGUUAUUGUCGGCGGCGGUGGUGGAGAUUUGGUGGCAUGAGCAGUUCUACUGGUGAGCCCUGCAACAAGGGCAUUGACGGGAGCGUAGGAGGGUUGGUUUGGGUUAGGCGGCGGAACGGUUCAUGGUGGCCCGGUCGGAUUAUGGGCCAUGACGAGCUGCCCGAGAGCUGUCUGGUCUCACCGAGAUCGGGUACUCCAGUGAAGCUCCUUGGUCGCAAGGAUGCUAGCGUGGACUGGUAUAACCUCGAAAAAUCCAAGAGAGUGAAGGCGUUUCGUUGUGGUGAGUAUGAUGAUUGCAUUGAAAAGGCAAAGGCAGCUGCCGCCACUUUAAGUAAGAAAGUGGUGAAAUAUGCAAGGAGAGAGGAUGCAAUCUUACAUGCUCUUGAGCUUGAGAGUUCUCGAUUGGGGAAGGACCAUCCAGAUUUUUAUUGUGGAAAUUAUUCAUCAGGGAGAGAUGGUGCUUUGGCUAUGGAGUCUCCUACAAUCUCAGAUUCUGGUAGAGGAAGUGAUGAAAUUUUUGGAGAUGAGAGUGACUGUGAUACUGAUUCACAUACGGGGCCUGAGUUAUCUCAGUCUGUCAUAUCUUUUGAAGAACCAAAUCAUGUCUGUUCUUCUAAGCUGCAAUCUGCACAGGGAAGAAGGAAAACCCCAAAUGAUUCGGAAGACGAUGGAAUUGAAGGAAGCAAGCGCAUGAGAGGGCUUGAGGAUCUAGGCAUGGGUGUGGUGUCUAACAAAAUGGUUCAGGUUGUUGCCGUUGACGAGUCGGUUCACCAAGAUAUAGCUCCUGGCACAAGUAUUGUCAAUUUUGUGCCAAAUGGAAGUCCUGUUAAUGGUUGCAAAGGCUAUUCUUCAUCUCUGAAGAGAAAGAGAUCUCAAGUGACAAUAGUGCAUGACUUCCUUAAAAAGAAAAAUAGGCGUCGCCCUUUGACCAAAGUUUUGGAGAGUACAGCGAUGGUGUCCGUUCCAGUUACUUGUGACCAGUCAGCCUCUUCAAGUGGUAAUUGUCUUGGCACUGCAUCUGACUGCAAGGGAUCUGGCUUGGAACAUCUUGAUUCAAAGAAACCGUCUCCCAUGGUCCCAGCGAACUCAGAAAGCCCUGCAGUUUCACAUGACAAUGAGCCAAUGGUAAAUGAUUGCAAGCAUGCUCAGAAAACCAACGAUUUCUCGAAGACAAAGGAAACUUCCUGCUUGUUGGGGCUACACGAGAAUGAAUUAUCUGAUGUGUUAUUUGAUGUGCCAUUUGUUGGAGAUGAUAGAGACUCUACAGGUUAUCCUCCAAUGCUAGCCAGGGCUCAACUAAGCAGCUUAGGAAGGCAUUCAAGUCAAAGCGGUCAACUAGAAGCUGCAUCUUUGCCAUGCAACCAUGUUAAUGAAUCUGGUCCCAACAGUUUGGCUGCUGUUCAUGGAGAUCAAGUUGACCAAAGGAUAGACAAGAGUACUUCCAAGUGGCAGUCAAAAGGAAAGAGGAAUUCCAGGCAGUUAAGUAAAAACAGGAAACAGCACCCGGGAAGGUAUCUGGAAAUGGACAAGGAAUCUAAUACAUAUCUGGCAGGUCUACAUAAGCCAGAUGGUUGCUUGCCAGCUUCUGAUCGGGGACCUGGCACCACUUGUGUUGAUGGGUUCCCUACUAUGAAUGCUAAACUGAAAUCAGUUAGCGAAGGUCAGUUGGAUGGCGUACCUGAUUGGGGCUCGCGAGUGUUCCCAGGAGAAUCUCAAAUGAAAAGGCAAGCUGAGCUGAAGCCACCACCCAAUGGUUCUCCAACUUCUCAAAGAUCGCUCCCUCAUCGUCAGUCUCGCUUUACUGUGCACUCUAGGCAUAAGACAGAUGAGUAUCCUAUCGGGGACUUGUACUCCAAUUCACCCUUGUAUGAUGUUGAGCUGGAAGUCAAGGCUAGCUAUCGUCCAACUCAUGUUCCUUUGGUUUCGCUCAUGAGUAAAUUAAAUGGUAAAGCCAUUGUUGGACACCCUCUCUCAGUCGAGGUCCUAGAUGGUGGGUACUGUGAUAAUCUGGUAAAUACGGUCAGCUGUGAUGCACAUAAGCUCUCUAUUUGGGGAGGUUCUGACAUGGGUCGUGUGGUUCAUAGAAGCUCAGGGCAUGUCCGACGUACUGCUAAGUCCCAUUCACGAAAAAAGUCGUCGAAGGCGAGGAAAUCGGGUCAGUUGUCUAAAAAGAUGCGGAAGUUGUCCUCAUUGACCGGACAUAAGCGAGGUGAGGACAUGGGGAAAUUCGCGGUAGAGAAGCCUGCUGGUCCUGUUAUAGCUUGCAUACCAUUGAAAGUAGUGUUCAGUCGAAUAAAUGAAGCAGUGAACGGUUCAGUGAGACCGACUCAUCGGGCUUUGACAUCCAACAGUUAAUGAACUUUUUCUUGCUCUGGAAGUCGAUGCACGGCUCAAUCUUCUUGCUGUAUGUAGUGCAUUUUCAGUUGCGGAUUUUGUUUCGGUUUUACUCUUAGCCAUAGGACUCUCUGCUUUGUAUAUCAGCGAGCUCCUUUCUGUAUAAUUUGAUCUCGGAACCCAACCUCGUAGGGAAGCUACUACCAGAUACCGUACAUAUUUAACAUUAGUUGAGGUGUAAAGUGGAAGUCUCUGGUAAUAGGCAAAAUUGCUUUACUUGCUAGUGGUAGUAGACCUUUGGUAGGUCAAAUAUAUCAGGUUUGAUUCUGUGAGUUAAUAACUCUUCUGUAUCUGUUGCUGGUCAUGGAGCAUGUUUAUUGAUUUUAUCAA